AUCCAGGAUUGCAGAUAGCACACUAUUGUUACCCCCUGCCUAUGUUUACCAGACCUCAGCACACACCUCUCCUUGCAGCUGGACUUUUAUAUCUCAGGUGUGGCUCUUUUCUGCUUACUUCAGCCCAGCAGCCAACUUUCCCACCCUCAGACACUCACCAUACUCCUGUCCAAGUCCUUUUCAGGCCCCAGUUCUCAAGCAACUUUUUCAGGCUGCUCCUUGAUGACCAGAACUCUUUCUUGAAACUUCCUGUAUAGACCCAGCUGUGAUGCUCCCUGACUGAUCAUGUUAUAACUCUACCUGGAAUCCAAAGGCUGCGUUUCCAGUUGAAGAGCUGUCACCAGCAUGGAGACUCCAAAGGACGAAGCUGUUCAGAUCAAGGGAGCAUCAGCCUCUAGAGAUGCCCAAGACCAGGGAGCUGAAAAGGGAGCCAAGAACAAGACACCUGAGACAACAGAAGGACCAGCCUCAGAGCCACCCUUAUCAGGCCCAGGUAGGCUGAAGAAAACUGCCAUGAAACUCUUUGGUGGCAAGAAGGGAAUCUGUACUCUGCCUAGUUUCUUUGGGGGAGGACGAAGCAAAGGUUCUGGGAAAGGCAGCUCUAAGAAGGGUCUAAACAAGAGUAAGACCCAUGAUGGCCUGAGUGAAACAGUUCAUGGCCCUGAAGAUGUUGUCAUUGAAGAAACAGGCCUCUCUGUACCUUUGUCCAAGUCCCCUCAAUUUCCUAGCUCCCAGAGUGCCCAUGGAGCUUUGGAGAUAGGCUCUAAACAUAAGACAUCUGGGACUGAAGCCACAGAGAAAGCUGGAGUUGAAAAGGUACCCUCUGUGCAGAAGCCUAAGAAAGGUCUAAAAGGCUUUUUUAGCAGCAUCCGCCGUCACCGCAAGAGCAAGGUUUCUGGGGCUGAUCAAAAUGGGCUAGGGGCAAAGGAACUUGAGGGGGCCAGAACCAGGUCUCAUGAGCAUGUGAGUUCAACCUCUCUGCCCAGCUCUGAGGAGAUAUUCCAAGCUGCUAGAAAGGAAAAUGCCAAACCCCAGCAUACUCCUGAACCAAAAACUUCUCCAGCACUAGAACAUUUUUCACCAACUACUGAGAAGACAGCCUGUAAAAAUCCAGAAAAACUCAUGAAGACCCGUGCCUCAGAGUUCAUACAGUCCAAGCCUACUCCUGAAGCUAGUAGCCUUGAGGAGCCCCACACUUCAGAAUCAGAAGAAAAGGUAGUGACUGGAGAGGUAAACCCACCCAAUGGCCCUGGUGGGGAUCAGCUAAGCCUCCUGUUUGGGGAUGUCACAUCCCUAAAAAGCUUUGACUCACUGACAGGUUGUGGUGACAUUAUAGCAGAACAAGAUAUGGACAGCAUGACAGAUAGCAUGGCCUCUGGUGGCCAGAGGGCCAACCGAGAUGGGACCAAGCGAAGUUCCUGCUUGGUCACCUACCAAGGAGGUGGGGAGGAGAUGGCCUUGCCAGAUGAUGAUGACAAUGAGGAAGAAGAGGAUGAGGAGGUAGAAUUAGAGGAUGAGGAAGAGGAGGUCAAAGAUGGGGAGGAAGAUGGUGACUUAGAGUAUCUCUGGGCAAAUGCCCAGAUGUACCCAAGAUCUAAUCUGAACCUGGGCUACCAUACUGCUACAUCCCCCAGCCACCAGGGCUACAUGCUCAUUGACCCAGUUCAGUCUUAUCCUAGCCUAGGCCCUGGAGAACUUUUGACUCCUCAGAGUGACCAGCAAGAGUCUGCUCCCAAUAGUGAUGAAGGUUAUUAUGACUCUACCACACCAGGGUUUGAGGAUGAUUCAGGUGAGGCUUUGGGGCUUGUCCAUAGGGAUUGUCUACCCAGAGACAGCUAUAGUGGUGAUGCCCUAUAUGAAUUCUAUGAGCCAGAUGACAGUGUUGAGAACUCCCCACCUGGGGAUGACUGCCUUUAUGACCUCCGUGGUCGCAGCUCCGAGAUGUUUGGUUCUUUCUUGAAUUUUGAACCCUUUUCUUCCCGGCCACCUGGAGCAAUGGAAACAGAGGAAGAACGGCUAGUGACCAUCCAGAAACAGUUGCUAUACUGGGAGCUUCGCCGGGAGCAGCUUGAGGCUCAAGAGGCGUGUGCUAGAGAGGCUCACGCCAGGGAAGCCUAUGCUCGAGAUACCCACACUCGGGAAUCUUACGGCAGAGAUGUCCGAACCCGAGAAGCCCAGGCCCGAGAGGUUCAUGCUCAAGAGGGUCGAGUCCGAGAGACCCAGGUCAGACAUGAGAAGCCUGUCUUGGAGUAUCAGAUGAGGCCCUUAGGCCCAUCAGUGAUGGGCCUCGUGGCAGGGAAUUCAGGAGCUUCUCAGACUUCCCACCGGGGAACCACCUCAGCUUUCCCUGCCACUUCUAGCAGUGAACCAGACUGGCGGGAUUUCCGCCCUCUGGAGAAGCGUUUUGAGGGCACUUGCUCCAAGAAAGAUCAAAGUACGUGUUUGAUGCAGCUCUUCCAGAGUGAUGCCAUGUUUGAGCCAGACAUGCAAGAAGCAAAUUUUGGAGGCUCUCCCAGGAGGGCCUACCCUAGUUACUCACCCCCUGAGGAGCCAGAGGAAGAAGAAGAUGAGAAGGAAGGGAAUGCCACAGUGAGUUUCUCACAGGCCUUAGUAGAGUUUACCAGCAAUGGAAACCUUUUUUCCAGCAUGUCCUGCAGCUCUGAUUCUGACUCAUCCUUCACUCAAAACCUUCCUGAGCUGCCCCCGAUGGUCACCUUUGACAUUGCUGAUGUGGAACGGGAUGGAGAAGGCAAGUGUGAAGAGAAUCCUGAGUUCCACAAUGACGACCUCACAGCCUCCUUGGAAGCUUUUGAGCUGGGUUAUUACCACAAACAUGCCUUCAACAGCUAUCAUAGUCGAUUCUACCAAGGCCUGCCCUGGGGUGUUAGCAGCCUCCCUCGAUACUUGGGGCUCCCUGGCAUACACCCCCGACCUCCACCUGCUGCAAUGGCACUCAAUAGGAGAAGCCGUUCCCUUGACAAUGCAGAGACCCUAGAGCUGGAGCUCUCCAGUUCUCACCUAGCCCAGGGUUACUUGGAGUCUGAUGAGCUACAGCCCCACCAGGAAGAUUCAGAUGAAGAAGGCGACGAAGAGGAAGGAGAAUGGGGCCGAGACAGUCCCUUGUCCCUCUACACUGAACCUCCAGGGGCCUAUGACUGGCCUACCUGGGCUCACUGUCCUCUUCCAUUGGAGCCAGACCCUGCUUGGAUAAGCCCCAGUCAGUUGGAUGAGCCUUUCAAUCAGUCUUCAUAUGGGCAGGCACCCUGUUGCGUACCUCCUGUGGCAAUGGCAAUGUCAGUGCCAGGGCUCCCAAGGGCACCUGGAGACUCUCUGUCUCAGCUAGCUCGACCUUCACACCUACCCCUGCCCAUGGGUCCUUGCUAUAACCUUCAAUCGCAGGCCUCCCAAAGUGUGAGGGCCCGGCCUCGGGAUGUACUGAUGCCCGUAGAUGAACCCAGUUGCACCUCCAUUUCUGGAGCCAACUCUCUGUCUCAAGCCAAGCCUGUAGGCAUCACCCAUGGUAUCCCUCAGCUGCCCAGGGUGCGGCCUGAACCCCUUCAGCUUCAACCCAGUCACUACAGAGCUUCCAACCUUGACCUGUCGAAGGAGAGGGGCGAGCAAGGUGCCUCUUUCUCUACCAGCUACUCCACUGCCAUGAAUGGAAACCUAGCCAAGUAGUUAUCAGUUCCAGAGUGGAGACCUGAGCAUGUGAAUGGGGGUCAGGGGUUGGGCAGAGGGGUGGGGGUGGGGGUUGCUCUUUAACUUGAAAAUCCCUUUGGCCAAGAUAAACUCUUCUGAGUUUUCACUUUGUUUUCCCACCUCCCUCUGCCAUCUUUGGCCAGGUUCAGCCCAAGUACAUCUGCCUAGGGAAGCUGCUGCUUCUGUGCUCUGGUUUUUGCUUUGGGGUUUCUUCUGACCUAUAUAGGGCUUGAGAUGCAUCCUUAUUGCAGGCUGAACCCCUCUUCUCUGGUCCCUUGUUGACAAAUGAACCACUGAUGAGCAGCCAAUUUUUGCACUGACUCUCACCCAGAGAUGGGAGGCUUUCUGGCUAUUAGCAAUAUAAAGUUAUGGUACAUAUCCUUCCUAACCCUCUUUCCAUCACAUCAAAUGACUAUAACCUAUCUAUUCCAGUUAGUUAUGUUUAGAGUGGAUCAAGUAGCAUGUGUCUCGCUCCCUAUUGCUGUGGACUUUGGUAUUACAGCUAGAUGAUGUCCUUUUAACCUGGCCUGACAUAGUCUAGAUUGAAGACAAAAACACUAAUCCCCAUAAUGGAGUGAAUAAAUCUGUCUAUAUUCAAGCAGAAUACAAAGAUAGAUAGAUGGUGGAAACUGCUGUGGGGUCUUGAGCUGUGGAACGCUAUCUUGUUUGUUUCUUAAGCCUGUGGCUGUUGCAGGCACUUUAGAACCUUCCCCCUUUUUCCUGUAAUUGAAAUUUUCAUAAUCUCAUCACCAGGAAUGUAAUCUCUUAAUUGAGAGAAGGGAAGAGAAGCCACCUAAAUUGGGCUUGACUAUAGGGCAUUGGGUUUUGUGGGAUGAAAAGGGGGAAAACAGAACGGGAGAUCCAUUUAUCCCAGACACCAAGAAGGGAUCUCAGACUUUGGAGACUGAAGCAACUCAGCUUAGGAGGGGAAAGGUUUUCCCACCCUUCUUCUCAAACCAAAAAAGUUCCUUAAUCCUUGCCCACCCCUUUGGGAAGUGGUUCCAAGCUUACAUUUCCAAGACAGGAUGCCCAAGGCAUCUCACCUGUUGUGGGCACUCUAAAAAGCUUUCAUCUCCUAAUUAGCCAUGUUCUUAGUAUUGUCAAAGGACCAGGCUUCUCGAGAGGAAAGACUGUAAAUGUGCCCUUGCUCUGCCAAGCUGCGGGACUGAUUUGCAUGGCAGUUGCAACCCUUUCUGAAAUGAACAGCACCCUCCCUUCUCUUAUAUCCAUGCAGAUUUCUUUCUUUCUUUUUCUUUUUUUUUUGGGGGGGGGACAGGCGGGCGGCAGGAUCCCAUGUUUAAUAUUUGCUAGCCUGGAACUCACCAUGUAGACCAGGACUGCUUCUGAGUCACAGAGAUCCACCUGUCUCUACCUCCUACCAAGCCCAGCCUAGCAGUUAUCACUCUUAACUAAGUUGGAAACACUACUAGGGAAGAGCUUGCUAUUAGGAAGCCGUUGUAACAGGCUUAUCUUGACCAGGCUCAACUUUUCCUUAAUCACCCAUAUGAGACACUUUCUUUUAAAUUUUCUGUUGGGCCAGGCAUGGUGGCACAUGCCUUUCAUCCCAGCACUUGGGAGCAAGAGUCAGGUGGAGCUCUAUGAGUUUGAGGCCAGCCUGGUCUACAUAGUGAGUUCUAGGCCACCUAGGGCUACAUAGCAAGACCUUGUAAAAAAGGGAAAAAAAACAAAUUUCUUUAUUGGAAAUGCCAUAUUUGGGGGUGGAUAUGUUAAUCUAAGUUAGAACUCCUUUAUCUUCUGCCCUGUCCACGUUCUCACCUUGGGACCAUCUUCACAUCUAUUAAGUGAAGAUGUGAACAGGGCUCUUGCCAGAGAUAAUGGCAGUUUACCUUGGGAACAGAUGCUGAUGGCCUUCUGAGUCAAGAUAACUUUGUAGACUUACUUUCGUUGUCAGGGGAUAUAUCCAGGAGAGUCUUUGUAACCGUUUCUAAGGUUGGGAUUGGCCCUGUGCCCUUCUCUAACAAGAGUAGGCUUGGUUGGAGCAAGUGAAACCCCAGGAAGUAACUCCAUGAGUUUGCAUGGCUCCAGCACCACCCCUCAAGGACCUCAGAUCAGCUCUCUUGGAUGACGUCGGCUACAUCAGGAAGAAGUGCAUCUGUUGUGGAACUGGAGGAUGAAAGAGAGUGAGAAAGGGCCUCCUUACCCUACCCACAUGGUUCUAAGAGACAAAUGCCCAGGUUUUAACCACUUGGCCUCUCACCAAAGCUGUUCUGGGAGGGUGAGGCUGGAAUUGGCCUGGUUGGAUGGCAGGAAUUAACCACCAAAUGCCUUUACAACAGGAAGAAACACACCCCUUGCCUGUUCAGGUCAGCCUAAGCUCCUGUUUAUAUUUGGCUGCCAUCCACAGCAGGCAGUAGAACUGUCAACAGCCUCCGUGGCCCCCUGGAAAAGGGCUGCUAGCCUGUUUGGGAAGAGGAAGAGGUAAUUCACCUAUAGCUGAGGGUUACCCUCCUGGUUCAGAAUGACAGCACUGUGCAGUGUCUCUGAAGGGACCUGCCAUAACUCUGACACAUUUUGCUGUGCUUUGAAAAGUCAUGCCUCAGAGUAGGACCUGGGGCUAAGUAGAAGUUUGUGGACUGGAUAACAUCAUUGCCUCAAAGUCCUUCCACUGACGUGGCUGCUAACCCAGGGACAAAGCCUUCACAACCUAAAAUGGAACAGCUAAGAUGUAUGGCUACAGAAGCAAACUCCUUUAUAAAACAAAUACUAGCUGCAGCCUAGAAGAGGAAGGAAGAUUUGGCUGAGGACAUAUUGUAAUGACAACAUGGUUAACAGUGGGAAAUGCAGCCCAUCUCCAGGUAUCUGUCCAAACAUGGGCACCUACUUCCUUGCCUGACACCAAAUACGCUCCCAACUCCCAGAAGUGUUGAUAUCAUGUCCACACUGAGGCUGGGGCCAGAUGAACCUCCUGUCUCCGUUGUGGGUCCUCAGACAAUGCAUUUGGUCGUGACUUAGGGGAAGACGUGAUGAGAGAGGAGGGCUAGCAUCAUUUUGUUACCCAAUAAUAAUACUAUAGUGUCAGUUCUGAUCCUGAGAAUUUCUUGAUAGCCCAGUCCUUAGAGGACCAGUGAAUGUGGGUAAGGAAGGCCACCUAGCUGGCCUCUUCCAAAGCCAAGAUGCCAAUUUCUUGGUGCUUUAGAAUCUCCAAGGAAGCCCUGCCUUGGGGAUCAUCUGGCUUUCGCUUAGAUACCAGACCACAAGCCUCGUGGAUAAUGGUUUCGGUAAAUGCCAGCGUCCCUCCUUUUAGUGCUAUACCAAGGAGGGAAGUAGCUUUCCACACUCAGAGUGCUGGGUGCAUGCUCUCAUCCUGCCAUCAGUGGCUUCUGUCACCGGCACCAGUGCCACCACUGCCCUCGGCCCCUAGGCUCACUUGCUAGAGGGAGGCAUGGGGGUUUACCAGGGAUACUUCAAGUUUACCCAUAUGUAUGUUGCAUCCAAGUUGUUUUUAAUAUAUAUAUAAAUAUAUAUCAAAAGCCAAUUAUCUAUUUUUAUAUUGUUUGCAUUUUAUAGUCAUGGAAACAAUGUUUAUCAAUUGUUCUUUUCUGAUAUAUUUUAUUUUUAAGCGGUGCUGUUUACAGUUUUAAACAAAAAAAAAAGAUGAUACAAAAAGUGCUGCUGCUUGUGCAGAGGGAUGUCAUCUCAACUGUCUAGGGCCCUCCCUCUUGUCCCUCUCCCACCUGGCUGUGUCACAUUAGUCAUUCUCUUCUCACACGGUAAGGACAGAAGAUGCCCAGGUACCGAAGACCAAUACUGGGUAACUCAGGCACGUAGAACCUGGCAGACAGCAUGUUUUUUUAGCUUUAAUUUUCCCUUUUGAGCCCUCCUUUCUCCAUGCAUAGACAUUCUGAGAGUACUCAUGCCUCUUGACUUGUAUUCUUUUCCUUUCUUUAUGUUUUACGCUUCUGUUUGCAAAGCAUUCUGCCCACAUUGUGCGGUUGGUUGUAUUAAGUUUGCCCAAAGGAGCAUUAGGGGUACAUUCUUCACCAAGAGACUUGGGAUGACAGAUGACAAUGAUAUUUGUUCCACCAGGAAUUGGUCAUCUCUUGGCGGAAACCCUUGAAUGGCACUUACCAGGAACUUAGUAGAUUAUGACAUUGUCCAGAAAAGACAUUAGAUAAGUUCCUUGCUCCCUCUUGCUACUUUGGGAGAAUCUCUCCCCUCCUGCCUCCUCCUUCCCUUCCCUGUUGCAGCUCACAAGUGGAUGGCACUUUUGGAAACAGAACUCUUGUCUUUUGGGUUGUAAGCCUUAGCCUUUAACGGCUGAGCCGCCUCUUUAGCCAGGAUGGCACUUUGGGGAAUGGUGACUAUUACAGUCAUGGCUGGGUGGCCUGAUCCACGGUUUCUCCAUCCUAUAAUCAUUCCAAAGAAGAAAAUCCACAUGGCAUGUAUAUUGGUGAGGGUUGGGUCUAUGAAGAGGGGGCUUUAAUUAUUCCUAUUACUAUUGGUGCUUUUUUCCCCUGCUAUAUAUGGGGGUGGGGAAGGGCUGGGGUAAACCAGGAAUGUAUAUUUAGGUCAUGUUAAAUAAAAUGGCUGGGGGAAGGAGAAAGAUAUUAGGAAUUGCAGUCCAUCCCCACUCCAUGUGUAAGAGUUCUCUCUUCCAGUAUAGAAAGGGGAGUGUAGCUCUUCGCUGUGCCUGAGCUUCCCUUCCCCAUUCCUGGGACAUCACAGAAUCAUCUGCAUUGUGACCUCUCCAUCCCUAGCACUCGCUGGCAUAUGGAUAUCUUGAUACACUGCCUGUAUGUUACAACAUAUAUUUCAUUUGCUGAAUGCUAAUAAACUUCUGGGUUCUUGAGGGACCUCCAGUC